AUGGAAGAGUCUACACGGUAUAACAAUGAAGUAAAGCUGCCUCAGUAUGUGUUUUCAAAGGAUGUUAAUAUAGACAGCUCUGAUAAUACUACGACAACCAGUGAAGAUGACAACGCAUUACCUCCAGCUGGUUUAGGAUGGUUUAUCACAGCUUUAUUCAUUCUUGGAGCCGUAGUUGGUGGUGGUUUAGUUGCGCUACCUGUUGCUACUGUUAAUACUAGUAAGUGCUACUUUAGAUGACACGGUGUAGUUAAUAAAACUCUUUAAUAGCGUUAGUCUCGAUGCUUGGUUAAUUGAUUUUUUUAGUUUCUAUAGAUAUUAUUGUAAAUAGUAAAUAUUUAAGUUUUAAGUCGGUACAACAGUACUUUUCAGAUCUCUACUUCAGCAUAAUAUUUAUUGUAUUUAUGGCUUCUAUGGCAACAUACACAGCUCAUGUACUCGGACAAUGUUGGACUAUAUUACAAAAGAGAUGGCCAAAAUAUACCGAUCAUUGUCGGAAACCUUACCCAGAAAUUGCGCGACGAGCCUUAGGGAAGAAAUGGAAGUAAGUCUACCUGGUAAUGUUAUAGUACUAGGUUUUGUACUUAAAAGUACAUGAAAGCUUGAAAAAAAUCUUAAAUUUGGUUGUAUUAGCUAGUUCAAAUAAUUUUGUGCUCUCUGUCAAAUCAAAUCGUUGGGCUUACAGGCGCAGAAUUAUAUGAACAACCUAAUAAGUUGUCUUUACUGACAGUAAACAAUAAUGUAGACACAAUUUCAAAUCUUACUCAUUUCAGAACAGCCAUAUCUUUAUGUGUAGACAUAACUCAAUUUGGUGUAGCAGUAGUAUAUCUACUAUUGGCUGCCAAGAACAUACGAGAUCUCAUCUUAAUGUACAUUCAAAAAGAUAUCAGUUACUGUUACGUAGUGUUAAUAGUAGCCAUCUGUUUUUUACCGUUCACCUUCCUAAAAUCACCUCAAGACUUCUGGGCAGCUGUUGUCGUAGGAAUGUUCACAUCAUCUAUCUCGGCCGUUCUGAUUACUGUAGGCAGUAUAUCUGACUACGAUACUUGUAAUCCAGAAAGACAACUACCUCCAACUGACAUUACCAACUACUUUUUGGCUGUAGGGACCUAUAUGUUCAGUUACUGUAAUCACGGUGCUUUUCCUACUAUUCAGCAUGACAUGAAGAAGCCUGGUGAUUUUACAAAAAGUGUUUCUACUGCUUUUUUCUGUCAGUUUUCUUUAAAAUUUUUGAUUUUUGGUUGACUUUUUACAUUUUUUAUCUAAAUUUCAAAAUAUAAUUUCAGUUACAUCAAUAAUUUACAUAACCGUGUCAGUUGUUGGCUACUUGACUUACGGUGAUUCUAUGAAGCAUUCUGUCAUCAGUAGCUUACAAAUCGAUUGGAUACAACAAACUGUGAAUAUAUUGAUAACAAGUCAUUGCAUUUUAACUUUAACUAUCGUUCUGAAUCCACUGAAUCAAGAACUUGAAGACUUUUUCAACGUUCCUCAUGGUAAGUUAUAAGUAGGUUCAAAAUGGGACCAGGCUGACUUGUAAACAAUGUUAAUAUUAGUAUCAUAAGGGUAGAGGAAGUAAUGUCAUAUAGUAGUUUUGACAAAAAUAGUACUAUACUCUUCUCAGUUUUUAAAAAAAUUUUUACCAUUUUAUGACAAGCUAUUGCUCUUGAGCAGUAAAGAUUUUGGGCUGGACUAGGCCAGAUAAAUCUAGUAGAGGCUUUAAAAUAGGUCUAGACUGAAACCAAAAGAAUUAUAAAAUUGAUAUUUUGUUAGAAUUUGGAGUUCAAAGAAUGUUAUUGCGAACAUUGACCAUGCUGGCAGUAGUGUUUGUGGCCGAAUCGGUACCAAACUUUGGUCCUUUACUGGACUUGGUUGGUGGUAGUACGAUGACAUUAACUGGACUAGUCUGUCCAUGUUUGUUUUAUCUAAAACUCAAUGCUUCAGAAGUAGACAACAAAAACCGAGAUCCUGAAGAGAUUGGAUUGAGGGAGUAAGAUCUUUUAUUUUAUUUCGCAUCUACUACAACAUACUACCAAAGAUGAUUUAUCGCUUUAUGGUAUGCUAAAGCUUAGAACUGUACUGUUUCUGGGUCGCUCUAAUAAUUUAACGUUAUUUUAGAGUUUUAUCAAAGAACAACCUCCAAAGUACAAUAAUAUGUUGCUCGAUCAUCGUGAUAGCUGUUUUCUUUGCUAUAACAACUACUGGAUCAGCUGUAUAUUCAUUAUCGACAGCUCAAUUUGUCGUUCCAUGUUAUCUACAACCAUUCUUUGGAGCCGACAAAACUAGUGGAAUUGGAGCGGUCGAUUGUUGUGGGCAUUACCAGAAUGUUACGAGAAACAACGAAAUCGUAUGUACGGCAGCAAACUUUGCAAUGUAUUAUGAUUAA